AGGCAUGCAAGAUGGUGGAAAUAGCACUGCACGCAUAUGCCAAGCAAAAAGAUAUGCCGCCUGCCAAGUUAGAAAUUAUGAAAGUGAAAGAAAGGAGUCUUUUUGAAGAAUGUGGGAAAGUAUAUGCACGCUUCAACUUUCUGGUGAUCAAUGAUUCAGAUGGCACUCGUACUUUGUUCUUUGCUGAGGUGGAUUUUCUCAACUGCAAAGAGGAGAAGGACGUCUACCUGUGCUGUCCUUUGGAAGAGAAUGACAAUGGUUAUUGUUUUGGGUGCCGAGUGCAGCAUAUAAAACUUAGGCAUCCUACUUCUGCUGACUAUUUGGGUGGCCACAAGGAUAUCUGUUCUGAAUAUAUAGAUGUAGAAUAUUGUUUUGAUGACUAUUGACUAAUAUUAAUGUACCUACUUAUAACAGAUUAGUUUCAGAAUCACCCGCAAGUAGAAAGGUUGUGUUGCUGAACGUUUUCUCGGAUGGGCUUCAGCAAAGCGGCAUGUAAUUUAUGUUUUGUGUAGGUUCUACUCUGGAGCGGUGCUACAAUAUUGUGAUGUACACUGUAUGCUUUUGUAUAACAAUUAAUAACUCAUUAAUUAACUUAUAGUACUAUAAAUCAUAGGUCGAUUUCUAAUAGUUGCCGCGAGUACCAGAGCGUCCAGGUGUGGACGCCGAAUGUCCAGACCUGGACGUUAUAUUCAACGAUGUACAAUAUAGCAUCUGGUUCCAUACGAAGAAAAGCAAACAGCGUAGUUAAAAAAAAAAGCUAUUGCGGUAAAUUAUGUUGGUUGUUAAUAAGUUUUUAAUUUUUUAGAAAUAAAAUUAUUAUGGGACGGAAGUAGUAUAGAACGUUCCCACGAGACGCAUUCUCUACGUCACGUCUGACUAUAAAUCCUGGUUUAUACUAAGACCAUAUUUAUUUCAGCUUAGAAUUAUUAUAAUUGAAACAAACAAAUAGAUUAUAAUUAUAAUCUAUAAGUCAUAUUACUAUAAUCUGGUAAUAUCCUCUAACGUGUUUUUUUUUAUAUUAUUAGAUAGCUAAAGCCCCACUACCCUUAAAAGUUUUAUGCAAAUUACCCAACAUUGUCAUCUAACCCAACAGAUCGGCCACAACGCAUUUG